AUGAUGGGUGCCGUUGAGAACGAGUGCAAGUUACCUGCAAAGACACCUUAUUCAGGCGCAAGAUAUGUGGCUUAUUGGUGCAGUCCCAUCGUGAUCGAACGCCUACAGGUGCCUACGUCCGAUGGUCACGAUACGCUCGGAUAUCAGGUUCUUGCUCGUCCCUCUACAAGUAUGGCUUCUCUUCUGAAGGGUUACAGCUCUGGACGCAAUCUCAUCAGUGGUUAG